CUGUGGCAAGGUCGGCGGGUUGCGACCAACAUGGAAGAAUUGUUUUUACCUGGAGUUGCACCUGACUGAAAAAUGUCAAGAGCUAUAAUUUUGAAGUAGAACGCUUUUUUGUCACUGAGCCAUUGGAGCCAUUUAUUCCAACAGCUAGUUGGUAUUCAUGGCAGGAUGAUUUCUUACGUAGAUUGUUUGGGUGGUGACGGGGCGGGGAACGGUGUGGCGUCCCAGUGCUGGAGUUCGAGACCGGACGAGGACCAAGACCAGCUUCUUCCUCGCAAGAUCCCCCCACUUCAGCCCAGGACAGAAGGCAGUCUUCGACGACGCCUGCUUACAGCUAAAAUCCACCAGCACCAUGAAGCCAUUUGGGGCAGAAAUGCAGGGGUGGCUGGAUGGCCACCCUCUGGCGAAAAAAAGCCUGUUCCACCUCAUCCCCAACAUUCCAGCUCCUGGCACAUCCAGCAUCACUCGCCACAAUUCCGAAUCCAAACAAGCGUCCCAGCGGAGGCUCACGGCAAACGCCCAUUUACCGCCGAAGUUUAUGGGAAGCAAUCUUUGCAUUCCCAUCUGGUUUCCCGCCCUGCAGUCAACCAAUGGCGACGGACGAGCUCCUGCACUCCAAUUCCAGAGCCUCGUCCUGGCUACACUGCUCCAGCCCCCUCAAAUCUGAAAGUCACAUCUCCUCUUAGAGAGUUAGAGGUGCCGCCGCAAUACAGCUACCGGCCCAGCAGAAGGCAUAAGAAUAAAUUUUUGGGUUUUAAAAAGCAGCAGCAGAAGGAGACCACGCCGCUUCUGCACACAGCAAAGGAUGGUGACCGGUGGUCCAUUCAGUACACUACCCAGAAGCCACAGCAGGGUCUGCUCUUCGUCCCUGCAAAACGACCACACGCUAGCACUGAGGACUUGCAAGCAUAUAGCAAGGUGACCCAGUAUGGAGACAGCAAACCCACCACCUCUCUUCUCUGCACCCCGAGCCCCACCUCUGGCUCAUCCUCUAGACUCCAACAAUCAGAAGGGAAUUUGUGCAGGCGAUGGAGAGACAAAAGCAGGAAGAUGAGGUUCACAUUUUGGGACUUUCUCUCUCAGUCAUGCUUUUCUGUUUGUCUCGAGUGGUCAGUUUGGAAAAGAAAGUCCUCAGCCUCAUCGGAUGAAGAGGAAACCAUCAUCCACAACGACACACGUCCUAUGACCCCACUUGUUCUCAACCCAAUUGAGCUCACAUCCUGUUGGGACAUCUUUGCCUGUGAGACGGAGCUUGGUUUGAAUGCAAACCCGAUCCCCCGACUCCCGACCCCAGAGGAGAGGAUGAGGCAACAGGCGGAUGCGGUGACAGCUGAAAUAGUUCCUAUUAACAUAACAGGUCAGAGUUUUGAUCGGCAGGCCAGCUUCCGAAAAGUGGCUGGCAACACAGACUCCUCAACUCGCCACUCUCGGAAUUUAAGCCACUGCUUAACAGUCACUGGGAACCCUAUUGAUGUCAUCAAUAAACAGGAUUUUCCUGCGGAUGAGUUCUCCACGGCUCCACACCAACAGGAAGAUGAGGAGUUGGUCAGGAAAAAGAAGGAGUCGUUGUCGAGGAAGAUCCGAGCCCCGAGAGGGGAAGGAAUAGCUAGCCUCAUGAUGUCCCUCACCUCACCACGUGUCAAUGGCCUUUCCAGCCCCUCAGAAGUACACAGCUUGCCCCGCAUGGCCACCAGCUCCUCUUUGGAUUCGGACACAAGCUGUAAUAGCAUCUCUUACAGGACACUGAGCGCCUCCUCUUCCUGUUCGCAGGAUUUUCCCAGUGACCUGCAACCCCUGUUGCUCAGCGACCUGAGGGCAAGGCAUCAUUGUCCUUCCCCUUCUCAUUUUAUAGCCUUUCCAUGUUCACAGAAGUUGGGAAGUUCUUGUUCUCGUGAUCUUGGUGACAAGUCUCAACACUACAGCAACUACAGUUUCCCAUCCACCUCGAUUGCAGAUGCCGAGACUCAUGAUGGAGGGCCAACCUUUUCACAAUGUGAACACAAUUGCUCCUUCCAGCCCCUGGACUUCAGUCCAUUGGCGGCCAAGUGGCGCACCAUCAGCCAUGAGACAAGUUCCAUUUCUGUGGUUUCUUCUGAAUGCUCCUCUCCAUGUAACUUUGAAUCAGUAUACUCUGAAGAUGAGUCCUUGUUUUCCUCACAGACUCGAACUAGAUCAUCCAGCACUUCGUCCUCCUCCCGCAGCAUCUCUCUCCGCAAGUCUAAGCGUCCCCCGCCCCCACCUUUACGGUCUGACUCCCUUCAGCGUCGAUUAGGCCGCAGCAAGUCAUGUCGUACAUCACAGAGUCCAUGUGUAGAGCACAGUCUUUGCUUGUCAACGCAGACAUUGCAUGAUCCCUGGGUGCCCCGGAGCCUUACUGAACAACAUCAGAAUGGGAUUGACUGUGGCACUGUCACUACCUUUGAACCCUUAAGUGUAGAUAACCAUGCAGUUUCUACUGUGGAGAUUUCUUCAAACUUUGACUACAAUGUUGCUUACACGCCUGGUUCUACGGCUUCUAAAAAGGAAGAACCACUUCAGUGUCCCUUUUCCCCUUCUGGUAGUUUCUCCAGUCACCCCCUGAAAAGAAACUCCUCAGGAGCCUUUUCUCUUCCCCAAAACUCCCCUUUCUUCUACCCUUGUGCAACUUCUCUGCCUCUGUCUCCCAAGAAGUUGGAACCACAACCAACAAAGAGGAAGUCCUCUCUCUUCUCCUCCAUUUCCUCUUCCUUUUCUUCCACUUCUUCCUUGUCAUCUUGCUCGUCCUCCAAUUCAGCUGCCCAGCAUACUCAUCCCACUGGCCAAUUGCUUCCUCCCCCUCCACCUCCCCCUCCUCCACCACCUCCUCUUCACUCACCUCCUCAUCCCACACCUUUGCAACCUUCUCCUAUUCCUCCUCACUGCCUUUACUCCCCACUAUCUUCUCUUCCUCCUCCCCCUCCCCUACCACCUUCUUUUCUUAAUCCUUCCCUACCUCUACAAUCAUCAUCUCCUUCUUUCACUCCUCUCCAACAAUCCUCUCUUCAUCCUACUCAUUUGCCACUUUCUUCUCUUCCUCCUCCCCCUCCUCUCCCAUCAUCAUUAUCCAUUCCUUUUCCUUCAGCUCCUAGCAAGUCAUCGUCUCUGCAUCCCACUCCUUUGUCACAUUCUCCUUAUCCUUUGCUUCCUCUGUCAGCAUCUUUUCCUCUUCAACCUGCUCAUCUCCCGCCGUCUUCUAUUCCUCCUCCCCCUCCUCUGCCUCCAUCAUCUCAUUCCCCUUGCCAUCCUAAUCUCCCACAUUCAUCUCCUCCUCAUCCUCCUUUUUCUCUGCCUACAUCUGUUCCUCCUUCCUUAGUGCCAUCAUCAUUAACUCCACCACUUCCUCCUUCUUUUGCCUCUCGACCCCCUCCUCCCCCAUACUCCCAUGCAGUCAAGCAGUCCUCCCAUCCUGCUGCGCUUUUCUCGAAGUCCUCUGCUGUUGCUUACCCACCCUCCAGGUUACACUCGCGACAGGGCAUUGGCACGUCCCAAAAUCAUGGGGGAAAACAGCUGAAUCCACCCACUCGCCCUCUUGUCACUGCACAGGCUUUGCAGAGCAUCAAACUUCGUUCCAUUACAAACCAAGACGACCUACCCUCAAGCAGCAUGUCAGCCAGUGCCAAGCAUUCUGACACUCCUGGGCCAGAUGUUAUUUUGAGCCUUCAUACCCCUGCGCAUGCUAACUCAAAGCAACCCCAACCGGGGAUAUUGCCUACUUGUGAGGUGAUGUCAAAAGAAGAGUCUGUAUACACUCAAAUCCACACUGAAAACCAAGGUGAUCAAAUUAAAAAUUGCCAAAUAUAUCCUGGGGAUUCUCAAAUGUUUUCUAGACUGAUGAACAAUCAGAGACAUGAGUGUUCCUUUCUGAAAACAUCUGAUAUUACCAUAAAAGAACAGCAGUCUGAGACCCAACUGUUGUUCGAGGCUAAGUUAUCCGAGUCAUCAUACAGGCCAGAAGAAGAGGUUGCAAGCUUAAGGAAGAAACAUUGCCUUCCAAAGCAACCCAAUCUUAGUAUUCAAGGAGUCAAGCCAUCUCCAGAGUACAGGGGAGAGCAAAAAGAGGGGUGUGGUACGGCAUCAAUUGCAUCUGACCCAUACACAAAAUGCUUCCCUGGCAACAUAUCCCACAGUGAUACGUCAUCAAGCCAUAAUAGCUGCCAUUCCUUGAACAUGGUGGAUGAAGUCUCAUACUCUUUUGACACUUUAACACGUAGCACUUUAGCAGUCCAAAUUGGUGCUGGCAAAUCACUGCAGCAGGAAGUGGACAGACAAUGCCACAGAAGGGUGAUGAGGGCACUGGGUGAGAACGAGGAACAAGACAAGGAGCAGAGAAAGACAUCUAUGUUUGCUGCCACCAAAAAUGAUAUACAUAGGAAGAAGAAGAGGGCAGCAGGAAGACACCUGCUAAUGAUGCCGCAGAGUAGGCUUUCGUCAUCCUCUUCAGCUUCCUCGUCUUCAUCCUCAGAUGACGAGGCUGAGUCACAGAUAAGGGAAAGCAAUUUGUGUGCGCCAAUCGUUCCGAGAAGCCUCUCUCUGAGCAGUGUGCUGUCCAAUGACAACCUGCAAGGAGCAGUAUCAUUGAAUGACCUCCUCAUAGAAGAACAACCGGAAGAAGAUGAGAAGGAUGUGCACAGAAAGAUUGAUGCUGAUGGGCAUUCUAAUGCCAUGCUGGUUCCCACAGUCAAUUUCACUGGUGGACUACGAACAACUGAAGACCUCUUCGCUGUCAUACACAGCAGUGCAUUAUGGGAAGGGACGGCUUAAUUGGCAGUCAAAACGGAAGAUGUUUGGACGGAGAGGUUCCUCUUGUCUGAUCUCAGUCGACAACCGUCCUCGACCAGCGCCACAAACCUUUGUAACUCACAAAGGUAGAAGACAAUCAAAAAGCGAGAGCUUCAAGGCACUUCUACUGAGGAAGGGCAGUCGCUUGCAGUCGUCCUCUCGCCUAUCAGCUGUCGAACGUCUUCGUGUGGCCACUCCUCCAGUUGCUUCAGGACCAGUGCCUGCCCACGUCCGAGACACAUGCUUCUAUCAAUCCUUGUGUACAGUCAACACUCACUUGACUCUUGAGGUUUCACAAGCGUUUCCAGAUAUAAAUACGUCCUUAGCGAUAGGGCAAAGUGGGUUUCCACUGUUCUCUUUGCCUGUCUUCCCUCCGUCCCACUUUGCCAGGAAACCACACACUGUUUUCAGGUCAGCCAGUUGGCGUUUGCCUGCUCACCACCGCCACUUUGCCGGCCCCAUGACUGCCAUUUUUGAAAGUGAAGGAGAACAGGAGUAAUACUGCUCCCAAAAUGUUAUUCAUGAUGAAUGCCUGUUCAUUUGUCCUUCCAUCCGUCUAACCGUCCACCCAUCCAUCUAUCUUCUGGGACUGUUUAAGUCAUUGUAUCUGUUUUAACACGAUAAUGACAUACUGUAAUAAGCUUUGUGGCCUCCUCUCUAUGAAAACAUCAUGUUUGAAAGGGUCUAAGGCCAUGUCUACACAUAGCAGGGUAUUUGGCAAAAAGAAGUUUUUCUACGGUUUGGCCUAUCAUCCUCACGCACACGCACAUUUAAACGAGGGAUUUUAAAAAGUGCGACCAAAGUGAAGAUGUGCGAAUUCUGCAUUUGCAUGUGGUCACUGAUAUCUGAAGAUUUAAGUGUGGAAAUGUCACUGACUGCGACAAACUUUUUCCAUACAUCACACAUGAGACCAUUGUUUACAUUUGGAGUAAAUUAGACAGGUGCUUUUUUGCUUCCAUUUAUUUACAAACUCUUGCAGUGCUUCAUAUUGAAGAACACAUGCGAAGGAUGGGGGUAUUAUGGACAAUUUUUUUCGCCCAUUGUUAUGAAUGUACUUAAAAAUGAAUGAAUGCGGUUGGCUGUGGAAGCUUUUUGUUUUCCUACAAACGUGCUGGUGUGGACGUAAUUAUUUUUUCCCCAACGUAUUAGGGCAGAAUCCUCAGUUUAAAAAAAAAUGCUAGGUAUUGACAUGGCCUAAGAAUGGCUUAUUAGUGGAUGUUUUGGAAAUAAUAAUUAUAAUGAUGCUAAAACGAGAACAGAGAACAUCAAGCUCAUGUGCAUCUUCAUGACAUUCUCGAAUGUGGUUAAAUGAAUUCUGCUCUUGUGGAAUGUGAUCUAAAUAUAUCAUAUCAUUCAUAACAUUCGGUUUCAGCAAGUGAAAGCAACCGUACUGUGGUACAGAGGAUGCCUUGCAGUCGAAGGAUAAUUGCACCGAUUGAUACAAGGUGGAAAAUGUGAGCAUUUUAGUCGUCAUAAGUAUGGGAAUUAAGCAUUAAACAGCAGUUAAUUAGAUUACUGUAUAUGAAUAUUUUGUGCAAAAAUGGUAAAAGUUGAAGAAGGUAUAUAAAUAAACACUUUUGAAGGGCACAAUAGAAUGCAGUAUGUUUACUAACAUUUCAUUUUUCUCGCAAGGUGCAUGGCAAAACAUUUUUAAAAUGUUAAAAAUGGAUUGAUGGAAUUCUUGACUACGGUCUGUUCAGCAGAGGCUUUUUCUAUCAGAUUUAAAACUUCUUAUUGUGCAAGGGCGCAGUAAGCCAUUGAACACCUUUUUCAGAGACAAGAAUAUUAAAUGGAAACACUCCCUUGUCAAAAUGGAUAUAUGAUGUAGUCUACUGUAGAUACAAAUUAAUAAAACUGUGUUGGUUCAGUCAGAAGUGAGACCCAGUUUAUUCUUUAUGUAUGAAUCAUACUUACAAAUUAAGAGGAAUUAAAAAAAAAAAAAAAAAAAGUUAUUUCCAUGGGUUUAUGGGUUAGACAUUCACUUAAUGACUCAAAUAGUUGACAUCUUCAAACUCAAACAACUAAAUCUACGCAACUAUGGACAGGGGUGAAAGCUUUUAUCCCGAAAAUAGAACGGCAACUGUCAAACCCACGUGUUAAAAAAAAAAAAAAAAAAAAACUGCCAAGCUCCCACACACACAUCUCAUCUCCAAGAAAAAAAACAAUCUACUAACGUCAGAUUUACAUACACAAGUGGUUACAACAAGCAUAAUACAAUGCUUGUGUAGCGUAAUUCGUUUCCACCUAAUUUCUGCUGCCCAACGUCUCUGUCAGAGUCUGACGAGUCACAUCGAUGUCCGCAUGCGCGCAGCAAACCACCCUGGACUCAUUUGUCCGUUCAAUUGGCUGACACACCGACAUGUGAUCAGCGUGGAUAGUUAGCUCUGAUUGGGACAAAUGCACUUUUUCUGGAACAACAACAACAACAAAAAAAGAACUUGCUUGUUGAAUUAAUGCGAUAAAAAAGAGCAAUGCAAUGAAAAAUUGAUCAGAUCUUUAAGAGAAAGGAAAAGAAUUAGAGGUUUACUUUAUUUGCUUUGGUGGGGCGGUUCAGAACAUUUUCCAUGUUAAUGUGCACUUUGGACUUAUUGUUGUUCAUUUAUGUCAGGAUACUUAUUUCCUUAUGAUUAAAAAAAAAAAAAAAAUCUGUAUUUGCGUUAUCUUCAAAAUAUAUUCCAUUUCACUGUGCAAUGUAAGUCAUUUGUACUUUUUGUUGAUGUAUGUUAAUCUUUAUUAUUAAAAAGAAAGAAAAAAAGACAAUGUUUACAUUAUCUUCAAUUUUAAUGCAAAGUCGCUAAAAUCGAAGUUUUGUAUUUCGAUGUGAGGAAAUGAGGAAAAAUAAAUAAUUACUAUUAUAAAUAAUUAGGUGAUGGAGUUUGGGGUC